CAUGAUGAAACCUCAAAGAAGGGAAACUAUGAAAAGGAAGAGUGGAGAAAUGAUAGAAAAAGAAGUUCUCCACUCUCUUAGAAUGUCAUUAGGACCUAUUGGGAAUGGUUUGGAGAGAGGAAGAGUUAUGCAAGAAAUAUUUAAAAAGCUUGAUAAUGCCUUCGAUAAAACAGAUGAAUUUCCAAGAACUAAAGGAGUUUUCACUGUACAAGAGAAGGUCCUAGACCUUCAAAGGACAGCCAGAUUUGGACCAAUGGAUUCCUUGGAUGUUGUCUUACAAGGGGACAUUGAAAGGGGUACUACCACCUUGGGAAUGGGAGAGUCAAUUCUUGAAGAAUUAAGUAAAGGAAAUGUCAACUUUGAAGAAAUUUCACUAUUUCAGAAUUUUUGGCAACUGAAAACAACACUUCAUGAAAGUUCAGUAAGAAGGUGGGUUAGAGAAUUUAAAGGAGGAAGAACAAAUAUACUUGAUGAUGAUAGACAGGGAUGCCCAAGCACAGCCAGUAACAAUGAAAAUAAGGAAAGAAUUGCUCUAAUCAGAGAUAAUAGGAGAAUAAGCCAGGCUGAGAUAUCUCAAACAUUGAACAUAGGUCAUGCUGCUGUUGAAGAUUUGAUUUCCAGUCUUGGGAUGAGAAAGAUUGUCUCAAGAUGGAUUCCCUACCAAAUUGAUUGGUAUCAGAAAGCUUACAAACUACUCAAUAUCUUUGAACAACUGGAUAGGUAG